AUGACCCGCAGAGCCCUCGAGCAAUUGGUCGAUAAGAUCGCGGAGAAUGGAGAAAUUCUGAAGCAGCAAGAGCGACGCGAAGACCACAACUCGCUCGGAAGCUGCUUGGCUGAUCUAUGUCGGAUGAACGAGGAUGCCUCCAAGGCGCGUCUGGCUGUCAUUGACGUUUUCCAGGCCAGGGCAAUCCGGGCACUGAUGAACUUCGGCAUUCCCCAGUUGAUCCCUCUCCAUGAACCCCUAGCCGCUAUCGUCCUCGAACUCCUCUCCGGUCUCGGAAGAGACCCCCUCCGUCGCCUGAUUCGAUAUACGGUAAGCUACGGCUUCCUACAGGAGGUCGAGCCCGAGAUGUUUGGUCACACUCCGCUGUCGGCACUACGCGUGCACGACCCCGUUGCCACGCGCAGCUGCAUGUGGAACCUGAACGUCAAUCCCACCGCCAGCGACAACUCGCGCUGCGCCGCCAAUGUGGUAUACGCUUCCCCAGAGAAGCAAGUCACCAAUAUCUGGGACUAUCACCGAUCGAACCCGAAGCUGAGGCUUGGUUUUCAUGACUAUAUAAAGGCGACGACGCGGAGUGCGUAUUACUCAUCCUUGCACACCGUGCGGGGAUUGGACUGGUCGACCGUGCAGACUCUUGUUGAUAUUGGCGGCUCCUCGAGCCAUGUUAGCAUGGCACUCACCGAAUCACAUCCUCACCUCCACUGCAUUGUCGAGGAUCUGCCCGACGUGAUCAGCGAGGGCCGCCGGACACUGCCUCCAGCUUACGCGGACAAGAUCGAAUACCUCGCCCAUAGCUUCUUCGAGCCCCAGCCUGUCACUUCAGCGGACUGCUUCCUCCUGCGUUUUAUCCUGCAUAAAUGGUCGGAUGAGAACGUCUGUCGAAUCAUAGCGAACCUGUCGCCCGCCCUGCGGCCCGGCGUGUGGGUUCUCAUCGCGGACAUUGUCGUCCCAGAAGUAGGGUCUUCCUCGGGUCAGGUAGAAGCAAUCGUGCGGUACAUGGAUUGCCGUUUGCUGGCGCUGUUCGGGGGUCGAGAGCGGAACAAGAAUGAUAUCGUCGCGCUGGUGCAGGGGGUGGAUAUUCGGCUGGUAUGGAAGUCCUGCACGCAGCCGGAGGGGAGUGUGGCGAGCUUUCUGGCUUUUCAGUGUGCUUGA